AGUACAAAUAUCAUAUAAGUAACAAAGUAGAGCAUAGUCAAUAUGCAUCGUAAAAAUAUUCAAGCUCUGGUGAAAACUAGCCGAGCACAGAUAUUAAAUCAUCGUACUAUGUCUGUUCAAAUACCGUUUGCAAGAGAGAAAAGAGGCGACUUCCAACAAGCAGCUCCUCAGAUCUCUAAUCAGUAUACAUCUCAUCCGAUUUUAAGCCGUUAUAUUAAAAAAACAAUGGGACCUGAAGUUGCUCAAGCUAUUGAACCUGAUCUCAGACAAUUUGGUGAUCGGGUUGCUAAUGAAAUUGCCGAGUUGGGAUGGAAUUGUGAAAAAGAACAACCACAAUUGAAACAUUUUGAUGCAUGGGGCAAAAGAGUAGAUGAUAUAAAGACGUGCGACUCUUGGAAAAAGUUGAAAGAUAUAGCGGCGGAAGAAGGUCUCAUUGCUCACGCUUAUACAAAAAAACAUAAGGAACACAGUAGAUUAUAUCAAAUGAUCAAGCUUUAUCUAUUUUCUCCAUCCUCUGGACUCUUUUCAUGUCCAUUGGCAAUGACUGACGGUGCUGCUAAAUGUUUGUUAACUAUAGGACCUGAUAGUGCAAUGAAAGUUCCAUAUGAGCAUUUGAUCACAACAAAUCCAAAGGAUUUUUGGACAUCAGGUCAAUGGAUGACGGAGAAAAAAGGAGGAUCCGAUGUUGCAAAUGGAACAGAAACUGUAGCCGUACUACAAGACGACGGUUCAUACAAGUUAUACGGAUAUAAAUGGUUUACUUCGGCAACAGACAGCAAUAUGUCAUUAACCUUGGCAAGAAUAGUUUCUAACGAUGGAACCUCAAUCAAAGGAACAAAAGGCUUAUCAAUGUUUUACCUAGAAACUCGUGAUAAAGAAGGAAAUCUUAAUAAUAUUCAAGUUCAAAAGCUUAAAGAUAAAUUGGGAACAAGACAAGUACCAACUGCUGAACUACUAUUAGAUGGAACAGUUGCCAAACUGGUCUCACCGAUUGGUCAAGGAAUACCUAGUAUAUCAGAUAUGUUAACAUUAACAAGAAUUCAUAAUACUCUAGCGGCGGCUGGAGUAAUGAGAAGGACGAUGACUCUUGUGAACGAUUACAGUUUUAAGAGAGAGGCUUUCGGGAAAUUGAUUAAAGAUUAUCCUCUCCAUACGAAAGUACUCGCCAGAAUGGAGGUUGAAGCAAGAGGAGCGGAACUUUUAGCUUUUGAGGUUGCUAAAUUAUUAGGCAGACAGGAAUGUAAAGUGUCCAAUGAGGAAGAGGACCAACUUUUAAGAUUAUUAACUCCAAUUGCAAAAUUAUACACGGCUAAACAAGCUGUUGCCAUCGCGUCGGAAGGUUUAGAGUGUUUCGGCGGACAAGGAUACAUUGAAGAUACUGGAUUGCCUAUGAUAUUGAGAGAUUCUCAAGUUCUUCCGAUUUGGGAAGGAACAACAAAUAUUCUUUCGUUAGAUGUACUUCGUUGUAUAGUAAAGAGUAAGGGUGCUGUCUUAUCGGCAUUUGCAAACGAAAUCGACCGGAAAUGCGAUGGAGAAGUUUCAAGUCAAUUAGACGAAGAAAGAGUUAGAGUUAAAGAUUCGGCAAGGAAUAUAAUACGUUUCAUAGGUGGAAAUCAAGAUAGUUUAGAAGUUGCCGCAAGGGAUCUUUCCUAUAGUUUGGCAAGGAUUUAUAUAGCUUCUUUGCUUAUUGAUUUCUCAAAGAAUCCUUAUGGAAGAGCAGACGAUGUUCUUAUAGCGAAGAAAUGGUGUAGCCAAGAUUUAACUCCAGUUCUAACAUCCCACGAAAAAGGAGAUUAUAAAUCUACUGUUUGCGAUGGAGAAUACGAAUUAAUUUUCAAGUCUAAAUUAUAAUUGAAAUUGAAGUCUUUAUUCUGUUUUCCUAACAAAAAACACGGCUAAAUAUAUCUUCUUGCACGUGAUUUCAAUUUAACAUUCUCCAUUUCCUAUACAAUAUUUUAUAAAUGGAAAAAAUUAAUAAUAUACCAUAUAACUACAAACCAUAGACGAUAUAUUAAGGAGACAAUUUACUAAACUUUCUUCAGUAUAUUCAUUUUAUAAUUUUAAGAUUCUUCGAAAAAAGAUAAAUUAUCUUUUCUAAUGAAAUAAACUAUAUAAGAA